ACAAACAAACAAUUACAUCUCUCACUAGCCAAUGGAGUCCUCAGAAUAAAGCUCCGGCUCAGCUAAACUCACCCACACAAUACAAAUCCAGAGCGGGCAGCCCGUCAGCAAGUUUGCCCCCUGUAGCGCUAACGGACACCGCAGUCAUGAUCACGCGGACGCACGUGCAGCACAGCGCAGAACUAAUAGUGUAAAACUACAUUUCCCAGCAUUCUCCGCCCCGACCACUUUUUAUCCAAUGGUCGUUCGAUGCGCUCCUCUGUCGACCAAUCGCACAGUAAUCUCCUAAUUCUAACAGUGAAAUACCAUGAAAACCCCUCUUAGCAGCAUCGUUUACUUAUUUUAUUUUCCACCUCCGGAAACACCACGACAAUGUUUGGUGCAAGAUACGUCGCGGACUUCAAGUUGUGAUAGGCUAGUGAAGAGAGAUGACAUGCUGUCAGGUGUGCGGCUGUGUGUCCGAUCGCCGUGGAAAGCUUGGUCGGUCCGGGGAAUGAGUUGGUCGCCGCGUCAGAUCAACCGAUGGCCGAGCGAUCAGUUAUCCGACUCUCCCGCCGACAGUCCUCGCGUCCUCAUCACAGGUGGUCUGGGACAGCUUGGAGUUGGACUGGCUCAAAUGCUGAGGCAGCAGUAUGGAAAGGAAAAUGUCAUCCUAUCGGACAUUAGAAGGCCUCCUAAUGAGGUUUACAACAUGGGUCCAUUUGUGUAUGCCGACGUUCUGGAUUUUAAAAACCUGAGGGAGCUAGUUGUAAAUAACAGAAUCACAUGGCUGGUCCAUUAUAGUGCUUUACUUAGUGCUGUUGGGGAAGCAAAUGUAGCGCUCGCUCGCACCAUUAAUAUCACAGGUCUGCAUAACGUGUUAGAUUUGGCCCUGGAGAACUGCUUGCGACUAUUUGUGCCCAGUACCAUUGGAGCAUUUGGGCCUUCGUCUCCCCGUGAUCCAGCCCCUGAUCUCUCUAUCCAGAGGCCUCGUACCAUUUAUGGAGUUUCCAAAGUCCAUGCUGAGCUGAUGGGGGAAUAUCUCCACCAUAAAUAUGGUCUGGAUUUCCGAUGCUUGCGAUACCCCGGAGUUGUUUCUGCCAACACCAACCCAGGGGGCGGCACUACUGACUAUGCUGUCCAGAUCUUUCACGAUGCCCUCAGCACAGGCAAGCAUGAAUGUUAUUUACGUGCCAACACUCGGCUUCCCAUGAUGCACAUCCCUGACUGCCACAGGGCUACUGUAGAGUUCAUGCAGGCCCCUGAAAGCCGAUUGUCAUUACGUACUUACAACAUUGCAGCCAUGAGCUUCACACCCGAGGAAGUGGCAGAAGAGAUACGCAAGCACUUGCCAAACCUGAGGGUCACAUACAAUCCUGAUAUCAUCCGACAGACUAUUGCAGACAGCUGGCCAGUGCGAUUUGAUGACUCUAAUGCACGCCAGGAUUGGGGCUGGAAGCCUGCAUAUGGACUGUCAGAGAUGGUCACAGACAUGCUGGCCGCCAUCCGUGAAAAAAGAGAGAAUGCAGGACUAACCAUCAGCUAGCAGGUCGUCUCGAGGACUAAAACACAGUUUACCAGCAUUUUUGGAGCCUUGGCAACCAUAAGAGGGAAAUACCUUUCCAAACAUAAUAUUUUAAAUUGAAGCUGUUUCCUCACAUCAUGCCCCUAUAUUGGUUAAAGAUCUAUCAACACUGUCAGUCCUCCAUAAACAUGCUUGUGAAGAAAACGUGUAAACCUACAGUGAAAACUCUUACAAAUGCACAAACCUCAAACUGUUAGAUUCGCUCAGGGGUCUCUUUCUUUCUCAUGUAUUUCUACUUUUUACUAAACAGCCCAACAAGCAAUAAAACAACACUGUCGUUUCAUACAUUACAGGUGCAAACUGCCCAGGAUUUAUAACAUUUUAGAAACGCAUACAUUCAAUUAGGCUCUAGUAAAUAGUCUGAUAAAACUUAGUGAACAUUCUUUUUGACAGAGGUGGAUUUUGCUCUGAUCUGAAUCCCUCACAGUACAUCCAUUUGUACAGCAAGGAUUAUUCGUCAUUUUUCACUUAACGCUUUAGAGAAUUCCUUGCAUUGUGUGGAUGAGGAUGCUGGGCUAAAAAUCAAAAGAUGAUAUUGCCUUACAGCGGAAGUAAAGCCAUUUGGCUGAAUUUUAGGGUUAGUUAAACCCACUUUCUCUGUAUAGGCUUAAUUUUUAAGAGGCAUUGAUGAAAGGUCUCUGAAUUCACACUGCAAACUGUGGCAGUUUGAAUAGCCUACUAAAUCACUCAGGAUUGCUGGUGUCUUUUUAUAAACUAUGAGCCAAAGAGUUGUUCAGACUGUGACCCAUGAUUCAUGAAAUAUCAUAUUUUUUACAUUUUCAUUAACAUUCCGGAAAAAAAUGCUAGAUUAAACAUCCAAGUCUGCCUUGCAAUAAUAUGACAAAAUAACUGUUUCAGUCUAUGUCAAAGUCUUAAAAAAACAAUAUUAAGUUACUCAUCUCAUUUCCAAAUUUAGAGUGUGAUUCCUGGACAAAUAGAUAUUGUGUUGAGAAACUGCCUUAAUUUGCUACUACAAUUAAUAGUUUAAGUCAUUAUUUAAUUAAAACUGUUGAGAAAUUGCAGUGUAUAUUUAAUAAACGGCUUUAAUAUAGGAAA